AUGGACGGUGGUCGUAAUCUGGUAGUAAAAAUUGAGUACUGCCUUGAGGCUGCAAUUCAACAGAGAUUUAAAUCAGCUUCUGUUCAUAUCUAUGGUGGUCGACAAAAUUCAUUUGAGGUUACUGUAAAUGAUAAACUGAUUUUUUCAAAACUGAAACGCGGUGAUUUCCCAGAUACAGAAGCCAUUAUUUCUGAGUUGAUUGCAAUAACAAACGGUGAAACACCAAAAGAGGUGACCAAGUGUCAACCACGACCUAAAUGCAGUAUUCUUUAAGUCAACAUUACUGUCUUUCUCAUUCCCUGCUUGCGUGUGUGUGUAUGCAUGGAGUGAAUAAGCAGGCAGACGAAAGUUCAAACAAAAAAGACAAAUUAAUGACGUGUACAAAGCAAAAUAAUCUUUUAACCUUUGUACACCGAUGAAAAAAUUGUCUUACUUUCGUCCUCUUUUAUGCUUAUUCUCUCCUGCUUCAUUGUUUGUUUCCAUUGAGUGAUGAAUACCUACCACCAAUUGUGUGUAUGGAUUGUCGUUUUUCGUCGCCGUCUUCUUCUUCUUUUUUAGCAUCUCCUGUCUCAAACUUUCUUUCUCCACUCACCUUUCCAUUUUGUGAUAGUCGAUUGUUGAAAUGUUUAGUAUUUCUAAUUUGUGAUUUGUUAUUCCAUUG